AUGGGAUACCAGUUUUACCACUAUGAUCCAUCGGGAGGUGCAGCAGUUAGCUUUGCUGCUGUCUUUAGUCUAACGACGGUGAUACACAUCUGGCAGAUGAUUCGGUCCAGGACAUGGUAUUUGAUGCCGUUUGUUAUUGGUGGUAUAUUUGAGGCUAUCGGUUACCUAUGCAGGUACAUCAGUUCGACCGAAACACCGGACUGGACGAUGAAACCAUACGUUGGACAGAGUCUACUACUGCUCCUAGCGCCAGCCCUGUUUGCCGCAUCCGUAUACAUGAUCCUCGGACGCAUUAUUCGAAUGCUGAAUGCCGGCUCUAUCUCCCUGAUCCGUCCAUCAUGGUUGACCAAGAUCUUUGUGACCGGCGACGUGUUAUCCUUCUUAGUACAAAGUGGAGGAGGAGGCAUGCUGGCUCAAGCCAAGUCGCAAGAUUCAGUAAAAAUGGGCGAGAACAUGAUCAUUGGUGGCCUAUUUAUUCAGAUCAUCUUCUUCGGAUUCUUCAUCGUCGUUUCGAUCGUCUUUCACCGUCGCAUGCUGUCCACUCCUAUGCACCACAUGGUGGUCACUGAAGUCCCGUGGAACCAUUAUAUGAAGAUACUCUAUACCGUCAGCGUUCUGGUUAUGAUCCGAUCGAUAUAUCGUGUGGCCGAGUACGUCCAAGGGAGUGCUGGAUAUCUGCAGAGCAAAGAGGCUUUCAUCUACGUGUUUGAUGCGGCAUUGAUGUUCGCCUGUUGCAUCAUUCUCAAUUGGUGGCACCCUAGCAAGAUCGUUUCUUCCAAGAAGAAGAUCGACAAUGGUGCUGACCUUGAGAUGUUGAAUAACACUCAGUAUGAUCACGCUCAAUAUGGGCGUUACUGA